AUGAAGAGCUACCGCUACUCCGACCAGGAGAAGAUUGAGAGCCCGCCGGAGCGGUAUGAAAAUGGCACUCAAGCACCCUUAUUCUACGACGACAACGACGUGUUCGGCCACGAAGCCAGCCACCAGAUCCGCUACAAAACCCUGACCUGGCACAUGGUGGCGGUGCUCAUGAUCGCCGAGAUCGUGUCCAACGGGAUGCUGUCCCUGCCGGGCGCGCUGGCGGUGGUGGGCAUCGUGCCGGGGCUGAUCCUCAUCAUCUUCCUGGGCGUGUUCGCCACCUUCACGUCGUGGAUCCUGAUCCAGUUCAAGCUCCGGCACCCGCAGGUGCACAACAUGGGCGACGCGGGCAUGAUCCUCUUCGGCGCGGUCGGGCGCGAGGUGCUGGCCGGCGGCACCGUCGUCUUCGCCGUCUGCGCCACCGGGUCGCAGAUGCUGGCCGGCCAGAUCAGCCUCGCCGCCCUGUCGGACGCGAAGCUGUGCCUGAUGCUGUACACGGGCAUCUUUGCCCUGCCGGUGCUGCUGCUCAGCUUCCCGCGCACCUUCGACCAGCUCGCCUGGUGCAGCGUCCCCGCCUGUCUGUCCCUCCUGAUUGCCGGCCGACCGUCAGGUGCUGGCGAGCGCUCCGGCGGAUUUCUAUCACGCGUUCGUGUCCAUCACGAAUCCCGUGUUUGCCUACGCGGGACACUUUAUGUUCUUCGUGUUGAUCUCCGAGAUGAAGCGGCCGCAGGAUGCGAUGAAGGCGGCCUAUUCGCUGCAGAUCUUCGCCACUACUUUUUACGGUAUGUUUUCUAUCGUCAAUCCUCUGCGGCGUGGAAAUGCGUUCAAGUCAUCUUCGCAGCAGUCGUGUACGCCUACAUCGGCUCCACGGUGGCCAGCCCCGCCUUCUCCAGCCUGCCACCCAGAUGGAUGAAGGCGGCCUAUGGGGUCGCAAUCCCCAAUUUCCUGAUCGCAGGCUCCCUCUACUCCCACACGGCGGCGAAAAUCCUCCAUCUGCACGAACAUACCGUUCUGGGAUGGGGGACUUGGACCGUGUUGAUCAUCUUGAUGAAUGGGGCCGCGUUCGUGUUAGCCGUGGGGGUGCCUAUAUUCCCCUACCUCGUCGGCAUCGCCGCCUCCCUCUUCGCGUCGUGGUUCACCUACGGCAUCGCGGGCAUGUUCUGGCUGCACGACUCGUACCACGAGAGCGACAACGACAACGGAAGAAGCCAUCUGCACGGCGGAAGCCCUCUCUACGGCGGUACCGGCGGCGGAGGAUUCAAGGCCUGGCUCCUUCUCUGA